UAAACAAACUCAUUCUGGCUGGAGAAAAACAAAAAUCUUUGAAAAAAAUAUUGCUUUGUAGUUGUGACGUUGCCGUUUUUGCUGAAGGUUCAAGAACUUUCUCGAAGCCUUGGAUUACUGUAUAAAAGAGAGAUUUGAAAAUCGAGUAAGCAUUUCAAGUUUAAACUGCGAGAGAAGACGUUUAUCGAACAGCAAGAAUCAAGAUGGCACUGUCUGUCAAGGCAUACUUGCUCAUUCUCAACUCCGACCAACAAGAAAUAAGGCGAUUUUCUAUCGACGAUGGAGCGUCGUCCAAUUUUGAUUACCUACUAACCAAGAUUAAAACGGUGUUUCCAGCCAUCAGAACUAAACAACUGCGCUUAUUUUGGAAAGACGAAGAUGGCGAGCUAGUGACAUUCAGCAGCGAUGAAGAACUAGUCGAAGCUCUUGGCAGCAUCCAGGGAGACGUGUUCCGUGUCUAUAUAAGGGUCAGAGAGGGUCAAGAAGACACCCAAGCAGAAAAUGGUCAGUCACCAUCAGAUGCAGAGCAUGUUGGCGUGGUUUGCGAUGGAUGCGACCAUGGCAUUUUUGGUACAAGGUUCAAGUGUGUUGUCUGUCCAGAUUAUGAUCUCUGCAUGAAGUGCGAACGAAAGAAUUUGCACAAAGAGCACGAGAUGUUCAGGAUAUGUACACCAAGAGCACGUCCAGGUUGCYCAGGAGCMUCCUUCCCAUUUUACUUUGCACCACCAUCAUUUGCCUACCAUACCCCAGGCUGCCCUCCAAAUCAUCCACCAGGAUUUGGUCCAUGGGGCCGUGGUCGUGGUGGCCACUUCAGAGGUGGUCCUUGGUCUGGUAGAGGACGAUGUGGUGGCCCAAGAGGUCGUUGCRGCAAAGCACCUGAGGCAAAAUGUGAACAACAUAAAGAGAAGACAACAGAUUCAAAUGAAGUCCCAGUUGGACCUCCUUUUCUUCAUGCUAUGGGAGAAGCUAUUGCCAAUUUCCUAGGACCCAUGGGAAUUGAAGUUCACACAUAUGCAGACACAGAGAAAGAUUGCUGUAAAGGAAAAUGUGGUUGUGAUCACAAAGAAGACAGGUCUGAAGAAACUGCAACAUCACAAGCAAGCACAAGUCAACAACCUGACAACAUGGAUCUCGACAGCCAAUCAACCUCUUCCACCCCCGAAAAGACAGAGGAAAAUCCGGGAACUGAAGAUUACGUCAUGGUUGACAAAGAAAAGCAAAAACAGACAGAAAAAACAGAUGCAGCUACAGGAACAGUCCCUGAACCUGAAGAUCCUCUGGAAGUAGCCAUUGCACAGAUGCAAGCUAUGGGUUUUGAAGACCAUGAUGGGUGGCUAUCACGACUCAUUGUUGCCAAAGAAUAUGACAUUGGCAAAGUGUUGGAUGCCAUCCAAUAUAACGACAAGAAGUAAUAUCACAGCACCCUCUGAACUUGCAACUUAUUUGAUGUGCUUGCUUUGGUCUAAUUUGAGUUAAAUAUCAAAAAGAAUUUCAAAAAAUGGUGGAAAAUACUCUUCCCCCACAAAAUAGGAGAAAAAAAAAUAUGUUCAUGUUAAUAUAUUUAAUACUUUGCAUUGAUUUUUGAAAUAAUCAUCAGACAUAAUUGUAUURUUCAGUGCUAUGCGAGCAGUGCCAAAUAAAAGAUUGAAAUUGAAUAAUU